UUUUUGUUCGGAAAGUUUGGAAGUCUAACCAAGAAGGAUGGCACUAGCAACCAUAAGUGAUUCCUCAUGUGGGACAGUAUCUUGUUUCUGAAGUCAUCAAGUUUGUGGUGGGGUCACAGUUCUCAUAUUCGCUUUUGGCUUGAUCCAUGGUGUGGGGAGGUGAUCCUUAAGCAGGUCUUUCUGGCACCAUUUCGAAUGGCCUGAAAUAAAGAGACUUACAUGGUAGCCUAUAUGCGUUGGAAUAACAAAGUUCUUCAUUGGGACAUUCUCUUUACCAGGAAAAUGUCCCAUGGGAAAGAAAAACGUGGAGCACAACCACCGACCCUGCAACGUAGGACGAACCAUGAUCUCCCAGAAGAAAUCGUGUUGGAAAUCCUAGCAAAGCAACCCGUGAAAUCACUCCUAAGAUUCAGGUGCGUUUGCAAACGCUGGUACUCUUCUAUAGCCAACCCCAGUUUCAUCUCCACCCACCUCAGUAACAAUCAUCACAAUCAGGGUCUUGUCAUACACUUGGCCAAAAAUAUUCGCAUACCUUCUUCUGGUCGUCUUGACAGACAAGUCUGUACGCUCGCUCGCGACCGCACGUUUGAAACCAUAUCCAAGUUUCCAAUUCCCUUCACUUUUAAUUCUUGGUUUCUUGUUUUAGCGGGUUCAUGCAAUGGCAUAUUGUGUUUCAGUGAUUAUAUGACACCAGGGUGUAAUGAUGUUUAUUUGUGGAACCCCAGUAUUAGAAUGUUUAAGAGGUUGCCCGAUACUUGCUUGACCCAGUUACGUAAAGUGGCACUCGGGUUUGGGUAUGAUUCACAUACUAAUGACUACAAGGUUGUCAAGUUUUCAUCGACUGUUGCUGAACCUAUGCCUCCCCCUGAGGUUGAGGUGUACUCGUUAAGUUCGGAUUCGUGGAAAAGAAUUGAACUUGGAAUCUCGUGGAGACCCAAUGUUGUGUACCGCAACUUUAAUUUUACUUUGACAUUCCCAGUUGUGAGUGGACAUUUGCAUUGGAUGAUAGAAAUGAUAGAAGAAGGAGGUGGGCAAGAGGGGCGUUCUACUGCUAUGAUUUUGUCAUUUGAUCUCAAUAGUGAGAAAUUCAAAGAGCUACCACUGCCUGAUGAAGAAGGAAGUUGUUUUAAGAAAGGACUCACCUCGUUCAAAGAAAAACUCGCUUUGAUUAAAUUUGGAAGUGGUGUACAACCACAUAGUGUGCUUUUAUGCUCCAUUUGGGUGAUGAGGGAGUACGGUGUAUUUGAUUCCUGGAAUAAACUUUGUGUUCUAACCAUUCAAAUUCUUACUGAUUUCAUUGGUUUCACCAAAUAUGGUGCACUCAUUCGAAAAAAGACUUGGCUGGUAUCCGCCAAUGGUGUAUUAAAGAGCAAAGAUAAGUGUGUCUUAAUUGACCCAGAAACUCUGCAUGAGAAGGAGAUUAUUACUCAAGCUGAUUCUCAGUUAAAUGUAGCUACUUACAUGGAGAACCUUACUUUACUAGAUGGAGCAAAUGUGGUAUCUUAUAAAGAAGAUUUGCUAUGUGUGUAAGAAGUGAUGUCAUUGCAGAUUGAAAAAUAAUUUUCGCCAGAGGAAGAAGCAGAGCAGGAAUGCUUGUAAGAGGCAGAAGAAGCCUUUGCUUGGAAAGUUUGGAAGCUUACUCAAGAAGGACACUAGCAACCAUAAGAAGAUAAAUAGACCAGUUUGGUCUAACUUGUGCCCUGCUAGCAGGCAGAUAUAUUUGGUAUCAAUUUGCACCUAAAUGUGUUUGCUUCAUUUUUUUUUUUUUUUUGAUAAGAAUGUUUGCUUCAUUUUUUUUGCUUCCAGAAAGCAGACUAGGUUUAAGAAGUGAAGAGGCUUCUAUUAUCUUUUUAGUUUUUUCCUUCUAUCUCUUUUGUUUUUAAAAUAUGAGUACUCAUGUGGGACAGUAUCUUGUACGUGAUGGAGAUUUUUAUGCCUUCAUUUUCAUUUUGUGUUCAUUGCCCUUCUUAUCUUAGAUUUUAUGAAAAGGAGUGGUAAUUUGAAUUUGAA